AUGCGUCCGUGCGUGCGUCAGUGCGCACGUUCGUCCGUGCGUGCGUCAGUUCGUGCGUCAGUGCGCACGUGCGUCAGUGCGUGCAUCAGUGCGCACGUGCGUCAGUGCACACGUGCGUCAGUGAGCACGUGCGUCAGUGCGUGCGUCAGUGCGCACGUGCGUCCGUGCGUCUGUCAGUGCGCACGUGCGUCCGUGCGUGCGUCAGUGCGUGCGUCAGUGCGCACGUGCGUCCGUGCGUGCGUCAGUGCGCACGUGCGUCCGUGCGUGCGUCAGUGCGCACGUGCGUCCGUGCGUGCGUCCGUGCGUGCGUCAGUGCGCACGUGCGUCCGUGCGUGCGUCCGUGCGUGCGUCAGUGCGCACGUGCGUCCGUGCGUGCGUCCGUGCGUGCGUCAGUGCGCACGUGCGUCCGUGCGUGCGUCAGUGCGCACGUGCAUCCGUGCGUGCGUUAGUGCGCACGUGCUACUGCUACGUCAUAGCCUACCUCGUCUCCAGGGCACCUCCCAGCGGUGCUGCCAUGCCAGCAGCAAGGGCAAGGCAGGGGUGGAGGCAGGGGAAGCAAGGGAGGAGCAGGGGGCAGUGGAGAGUCGUUUGGCGCUAGGGUGGCGCAGCGGGCGGAGAAAGAGCACCUGCUGCAGCAGUUGGCCACUUGCCACUGGCGUGGACAUGGGCAGUGUGGUGCUGCUUCCUCUCUGCCUCAGUGAGCGCCAUCUGUUUGACCUAUCUUGCAGUCGCCUCUCCACCGUCCCGUUGCCUCCGUCCCUUCUCCUCAACACCACACUCCCUCCUCCCCCCGGCCCCCCUUUACAGCACAUCUCGAGCGGGCAGCACGGUAGGUGGCAGGGUGGCAUCGGGUGGAGUGGUGGAAGGGGCUGUGGAGGGCGUUGGGUUGGGACGCCAGCCAACGUCCAAAGCGCCCCUGUGGGUUGGUGGAUAACAAUGGCAGUCGGGCGUGAGGACGGGCGGCACGGGGGGGAGGUCAACGGUGUUGCUGCCACCGACAGCCACGAGCCCACUAUGGAGAGCGCAUUUGAGACCGUGGAGCAGGCGAGUCCCGAGCGUGAAGUACAUGUUUGUGUCGCACACGGGGUAUGGCGCUAUCGCAUCACAUACACCAUGGCCCUCACAUGCCUGCACUUGCAUGCCACCAUUCUCCCCUCGCCCCCUCCCCACGCCCCCUCUGCCGCUUCCUCGUCACCCUCUGCUGCUGCUGCAUUACUCACCACGCUCGCCAAGCCUGCAGCUGCUUCUCUAUCCAUGACGGUCCCCAAGGCUGCUCGCCGUGCAGGGUGA